CAAUCUAACGCCGCCGAAUCAAAAUCAACUUCUUCCCCAAUUCAAUUCUACUUUCUGGGUCUUCGUUGAAAUCCCUGAUCUCUCUGUUGUUACCUUCCCAUGGGAUGGUCACUAAUAAUUCUCAAAAGAGCAACUUGGGCAUGACAAAGUCCAUGAAUUUCUUUCAGAAUAUCAUCAAACCUUUCAAACGCAACUCCAAUCGAGGUCUUGAAGAUGAUAUUGAGCGAAUUGCAGCUAUGGAGCAAAAAGUUUUCCCAUUUCAAGUUUUAGUUUCCGCUACUAAGGAUUUUCACCCGACCCAUAAACUCGGUGAAGGUGGAUUUGGUCCUGUCUUCAAGUAUGUCGUAAACGAGAGCCUCGACAAGGUUCUAUUCAAAUCCAACAGAAAAUCGGAGAUAGAUUGGAAGCAGAGUGGUUAUAUGGCGCCAGAAUAUGUAAUGCACGGGGUUCUAUCGGUAAAGGCAGACGUAUUCAGCUUUGGGGUUUUGGUUCUGGAGCUCGUAAGUGGACAGAAGAACUCGAGUUUUAGUAUGAGACACCCUGACCAGACUCUUCUUGAAUGGGCAUAUAAGUUGUACAAGAAAGGCAGGACCAUGGAGAUACUAGACCCAGAUAUAGUAGGUUCAGCUGAGCCGGAUCAAGUCAAACUCUGCGUACAGAUCGGACUACUCUGCGUUCAAGGCGAUCCGCAUCAAAGACCGCCCAUGAGACGGGUAUCUCUACUUCUCUCGAGAAAACCAGGACAUCUAGAAGAACCGGAUCAUCCUGGUGUCCCGGGAUCCAGAUACCGUCGUCGAACACAUCGUCCUUCAGGAGCAGCAUCACUUGGAACAUUGUCGACCACUGGUUCCAGCACAGAUUCUUUCGGUUCGAACUUGAACACAAACACCGGAACAGGUGGUAGAGGUACCCCCGCAUCUUCUAAAACUACUACUCGGAGUAAUGCCACUAGAAGUGCUGGUCAGAGCUCUAGCUCAGACCCUAACGGGAAACGACAUAUGAGACAACAUUAUCUCUCGGACUACCUUGAAGACAAUAUGAGAAGCCUUCUCCUCCGGACUACGAUUUCAAGUCUCUCUCAGUCCCAACGUCUGUUACCUUUUUGGAUAGUUUGGAGACUAUGGCGGUCAAGGAAUGAUUUUCUGUUUCGCAAGAUAACAAGAACUCCACAAUCUGAAGCAACUAAGGGGACAAAUGAAGCAACUGAAUGGUUGGAUGCCAAUAUCAACUCCGAAGUUGACAGCAACAGUACUUCACCACGGACUACUCCCAGUGAUAAAUGCUCCCGAUGGUCGCCUCCACCAAUUGGUUGGCUGAAGUGUAAUUUCGAUAGCGGAUACAAGCAAGGGCAAUCCUUUACAAAUACGGGCUGGGUGAUAAGGAACAGUGAUGGGAAAGUACUUCUUUCGGGAUGUGCAAAACUUAGUUCUUCUACCUCUGCAUUGCAGGCCGAAGCUUUGGGUUUCUUACAUGUUCUUCACGUAACUUGGUCUCAAGGAAUGCGUCAAAUUUGGUUUGAAAGCGAUAGUAAAGAACUGACUUCCAUCAUUAACAAGUGUGAGGACCAUUCGCAGAUUGGCACUCUACUUCAAGACAUUCGAUAUUGGAUGGCAAAGCUCCCACUUGCAUCUUUAGAUCAUGUUAACCGAGAACGAAACAGUGCCGCGGAUAAAAUGGCUCAUCAAGCUAUAACUAUGAACUCUUUAUAUAAUGUGUACUCUGUUCCUCCUUCUGUUCUAAUUCCUUAUUUGUAUCAACCUUACACAAUCUAAUAAAGCUUCAGGUGUUAAAAAAAAAAAAAAAAAAAUUGAUGUAAAUUAAACUGAAAUUAGUGGG